AAUGCAGAGUCCGGAGCGUUUUCCUUUUCACGCCCGGCCAGUCUCUGUGUGAGGAAGGCAGCCAGCAUCUCCUUUCUGACGGCGAAUUUCUUCGCGCAAUUGAGAGAGAGAGAGGGAGAGAAAGAGAAAGCACGGACCUUACCCGCACCUCAGUCUGCUCUGAACCUUUCUAGCGGACCGCAGUGGAUGGUUCCACCAAAAGGAGGUGUUUUGUAGGCUGCAGAGAGUGUUUGUUCAGAGGAGCUCCGCACACAGAGAGGGAUCAGCUACCUCGCUAUUUCUCUCUGCGCUCUUCCCCUCAGUGGGAAGUGGGAUGCGGGUUACGCAGCAUCACCGGUGCCGCCGCUAAUAUCAUCCUUACAGAUACACCUUCCACUUCUUAAGGCCUAUCAGACUCUAAGCCUCUGAGAAAAUUAAAACUCUUCCCCGGUUAGAAAACGGGACUCAUUUCCACUGGAGAUAAAGAGAAGGGAGAUAUUCUUCAAACUCCUACGGAUGUGAUUUUUCUUCCCCCUGUCAUUUUUUGCCUCUGUCCAGUGAAAGCGGGAAAACAUCUGAUCACCCCAAAGAAAACACCGAGAUUUCCGAGGACUGCUGUUCAUCUUAUCGCUAACACAUUUAAUCUGUCCAUCUCUCUGUCCUGAGAGUCUCUGUGGUGGAGGCAGCUGCAGGAGAUCCAGAGACCUGAGGUGGGGGAAAUUGAGUUACUCUGCAGUUAGAGGCUUUUCUUGCAAUUCGACGUUAUUUCUGUGGACAGAAGGGCACAAACCCGCGCCAAAGUGAGAGGAAAUUGAUUUUAAACCAAGGAAAGAGGCAUCAAAGGGACCCUGCAAGCAGCACGUGAGCUUGCAGAAACCAAACUGUGCUUCAGUGUGCAUAUAUACAAACCUCUGCAGGUGCUGGUAGCUCACUCUACAUGUCUAUGUGAGAUGACGAGAAGCUAAGUGACUACCACAACCACCUAGAUCAGACAGCCUUCUGUGCUGCAAGAUGGAUUAAAGCCCCACACCUCAGGAGAUCAAAGGUGGCUGUGACAGGGGCACACCCGGGGCAGGACCCAUGAGGAGUCAUAGAAGAUGCUCACAGCCUGGGCGCUUCUGCUCUUUUUAGCCAUGUGGAUGAGAAGCAUCUCUGGUGGCCCACUCUCCUUUAGAAUAGCUGCCAUUCUUGAUGAUCCUAUGGAGUGCAGCAGGGGGGAGCGUUUAGCCAUCACACUGGCCAAAAAUAACAUCAACAGGAGCAGCAACCGCUCCGCCACGGGCAAGCUGGAGGUGGACAUCUUUGAAUUGCUAAGAGACAGUGAAUAUGAGAUGGGAGAGACAAUGUGCCAGAUCAUGUCUAAAGGGGUUGUGGCAGUCCUUGGUCCAUCUGCCAGUCCAGCUUCCAACUCCAUAAUCAGCAAUAUCUGUGGAGAGAAAGAGGUACCAUAUGUCAAAGUGGCUCCAGAGGACAUUCUGAAGGUGCAAUUUCCCCGCUUCACCACCCUGGACUUGAGACCAACGAAUACCGACAUCAGCUUGGCUGUGGCCGGCCUCCUCACCUUCUUUAACAGCACGACCGCCUGCCUCAUCUGUGCCCAGGCUGACUGCUUGUUGAACUUGGAGCAGCUCCUCAGACAGUUUCUCAUCUCCAAGGAGACUCUGUCUGUACGCAUGCUGGAUGAUAGCCAGGACCCGACCCCUCUCCUGAAAGAGAUCCGAGAUGACAAGACUGCCACCAUCAUAGUGGAUGCCAACGCCACCAUGUCACAUAUCAUCUUAGAACGGGCAUCAGAGUUGGGGAUGCUGUCAGUCUACUACACUUACAUCUUCACCUCUCUGGAAUUCACUUUACUGCGACUAGAUGAUGUGGCUGACCACCGGGUCAACAUUGUUGGGUUUUCAGUUUUCAACAAAACGCAUCCCUUCUUCCAGGAAUUCGUGCUAAGCCUCAACCGCUCCUGGCAGGAGAACUGUGACCAUGCACCCUUUGCUGGGACUCCGCUCUCAUCAGCCUUGCUCUUUGAUGCGGUAUACGCAGUGGUUGCAGCGGUCCAGGAGUUGAACCGUAGCCAGAACGUUGGUGCUACUCAGCUCUCCUGCAAGUCGUCCAAGAUCUGGGAGCAUGGCACCAGCCUCAUGAAUUACCUGAGGAUGGUAGAGUUGGAAGGCCUAACAGGACACAUUGAAUUCAACAGCAAAGGUCAGCGGUCUAACUACGUCUUGAGGAUCAUGCAGAACAGCAAGGAAGGCCUAAGGCAGAUAGGCCUGUGGCACUCUGAAGAUGGACUGUCCAUGGAGAGAACUCUUCCAUCAAUCAAUGUGACAGACACCCUCUUCAACACAACUCUUACAAUCACAACAAUACUGGAGAAUCCAUAUGUAAUGCUGCGGCCGAACCACCAAGAACUGGAGGGGAAUGACCGCUAUGAAGGCUUUUGUGUGGACAUGCUGAAGGAACUGGCGGACAUCCUCAAGUUUAAGUAUCGUAUCCGACUGGUGGGAGACAGAGUCUAUGGCGUUCCUGGAGCUAAUGGAACAUGGACUGGAAUGGUUGGAGAGCUCAUCUCAAGGAAAGCUGACCUGGCAGUGGCGGGCCUCACCAUAACAGCGGAGCGUGAGAAGGUGAUUGACUUCUCCAAGCCUUUCAUGACCCUGGGAAUCAGCAUCAUGUACCGCGUUCACCUGGGACGUCGACCAGGCUACUUCUCCUUCCUGGAUCCCUUCUCCCCUGGCGUAUGGCUCUUCAUGCUUCUGGCCUACUUGGCCGUCAGCUGCGUCCUCUUUUUAGUGGCCAGACUGACGCCGUAUGAAUGGUACAACCCCCACCCCUGUCUGAAGGGACGCUGCAACUUGUUGAUCAACCAGUAUUCUCUCGGCAACAGUUUCUGGUUUCCUGUUGGAGGAUUCAUGCAGCAGGGAUCCACCAUUGCGCCCAGAGCAUUGUCAACACGUUGCGUCAGCGGAGUGUGGUGGGCCUUUACAUUAAUCAUCAUCUCCUCGUACACCGCCAACUUGGCUGCUUUCCUGACUGUUCAAAGGAUGGAGGUGCCAAUAGAGUCAGUGGACGACCUGGCAGAUCAGACAGCGAUAGAGUACGGCACCAUGCAUGGAGGAUCCACCAUGACUUUUUUUAUGAACUCUCGCUACCAGACCUACCAGCGCAUGUGGAACUUUAUGAACUCGAAGCAGCCCAGCGUGUUUGUGAAGAGCACAGAGGAGGGCAUCGCUCGGGUCCUAAACUCCAACUACGCCUACUUGCUGGAGAGCACCAUGAAUGAGUACUACCGCCAGAGGAACUGCAACUUGACUCAAAUUGGAGGGCUGCUCGACACCAAGGGCUAUGGCAUCGGCAUGCCACUGGGGUCAGUGUACCGUGAUGAGUUUGACCUUGCUAUCCUCAAACUCCAGGAGGACAAUCGUCUGGAGAUUCUCAAGAGGAAGUGGUGGGAUGGUGGCAAGUGUCCAAAGGAGGAGGACCACCGUGCUAAAGGUCUCGGUUUGGAGAACAUUGGCGGUAUCUUCGUGGUGCUAGUGUGUGGUCUACUGGUGGCUAUCUUAAUGGCUGUGCUGGAGUUUGUUUGGAUGUUGAAACAGGCCCCAGGAAACGAGCAGUCAGUGUGUGAGGAGAUGCUGCGGGAGCUCCACGGGAUCGUGCUGUGUCAGGACAGCCUGCAGGUGAGGCGCCGGCGGGCGGCGUCCAUGCUGCGGCCACGACCUUUACCCCUGGAGGAACGUCGAGCUCGAGCCGCCGCCGUCAGCCUCAGCAACGGCAAACUGUGUGCUGGCAUGGGGCUGCCGGAGCCGCUCUCCCACAGACUACCGCAGGAGGCCGCCCUGGUCGCAAGGGGGUGCAGCCACAUCCGGAUUUGCCCCGAGUGCAGACGCUUCCAAGGACUGAGAAUGCGUCCUGCGGGGGCCGGAGGGGCGCUUCCAUCUCCCACGCACAGCGAAGAGAGCAUAGAGUGGGACAAGACCACAAAUAGCAGUGAACCUGAAUAACACUCGGGAAAUCCAGUAGGACUGACUUUUCCAGCGGACACCUCUUGUUUUUCCAGGGAUCAAAGACCAUGUGGUAUUUUUAUUCAGCCAUUCUGAGCUCGUUCUGGAAAAGCAGGACAAUGCUGUGGACUUCAUUAUGCCCAUGAAGCAACAACCUAAAGUCAGAUUUUGAAAUGUUUUUUGGAUUUUUUUUUUUCCUUGAUCAGAGAAAAAAGAACUGAUGAACCUGUCUCAUUGUGGCCUGUCCCUGUUGGCCCUUUGUACCCUAUGAAGCAGGACAGACAAAAACAGCUAUGGGGCAUUUGUACUAUGCAGUAUUUUCAGUCAUUUAUCAUUGUGCUGUUCAUUUUUUUUUAUAUAUAUUUCUGUCCUCUGUUUGAUUAAUUAUAACUAAAUAUUGUUAUUCUAUUCUUAAAAAAUAUAUACUUUUUUUUAUUUUGACAGUUACCUGUAUGAAGAUGUAUCGCAUCUAAUGUGCUGCGAAGGAGGGCAAAUUAAAGCAAAGUCAUCCUUUAAAACUUUUUAUUUUAAAAGUGCCAAAAAACAUGAGUUACCUUGUGACUGAAAAAAGCACCACAGCCUUCACAGAACAAACAAAUUAAACCAAGAAAAUAAACAUACAGACACACACAGACUUGUUUGUAGUAACACUAUUCUUUUAUAAAAAAAUGUAACUGUCUCUGAAAGACAACGCUGCAUUGAUGGUGGAAUGUCAAAUCAGUCCAAUUCAGAUUCUGAUCAAAAUGUAAGGUGGUGACUCAGUUGUAACAUUAUCUAAAAGAAUGUCUGUUUUAUUUUCACCUUCCUUAAGCUGCUAACACACUAUAUUUUAUCUUCCCACAUACACUAUAUUGCCAAAAGUAUUGGGUCACACCACCGAAUCAAUGGAUUCUGGUGUUGCAAUCACUUCCAUGGCUGCAGGUGUGUAAAGUUUGGUAUGGGGAAACUUGACUGGCCUGCUGGUCCUGACCUCAACCUUCUUGAACACCUUUGGGAUGAAUCAGAGCAGAGGCUGCAAUUCUGGUUUUGUCAUCUGACAAUGAACACACUCCUAAACCUUGUGGAAGAUAUUUACAGAAAAGUUGAAGUUGCUAUUGCUGCCAAUGGUGGAUCCAUCAACAAAUUGGACCUUGUAGAUUAAGAAUAGGGCGUCAUCAAAGUUCAAGCAAAUGUUAAAGUAGACAGACAAAUACAUUUGGCAAUAUAGUGUAUGUUGGUGUCUCUACAGCCUUUUUGCAGGGGUACAAACAUAAAGAAAGGUUGGGUAGAAGGAUGUUUUUCUAUUCAGUGCAGUAAAAGGUUAUCUGCUUUUUGUCAGGCUGAAAUGAUUCAGAUCAACAGGCAAACUGUUAAAUCAGAUAAUGAUAACCUAAGUAAGUACAAAAUAGAGUUUUCUACAAUGAUUUCUAUCAUUCUAUUGAAACCAACCCGGCCACUGUAUUAGAAAACAACUGUCACCUUUGUUAAAUCACAAAAUGAGUUUAAUUUCACCUAGCUGCAUCCAGGCCUGAUUACUGCCGACCAAAACCAACUUAACAUCGACUGAUCUAAAGAAAUUCAAGAACAAAUGAGAAACAAAGUGAUUAAUAAGUCUGGAAAGUGUUACAAAGUCAUGCCUUAGGACUUGGGACUCCAGUGUACUUCAAUCAGAGCAAAUAUCCACUAAUAGAGAAAACCUGGAACAAUAGUGAAAUCUUCUGAGGGCUGGUCAAUUUACCACAAUUACUGCAAGAGUGCAUCAACGACUCAACCAGGAGAUCUGAAAUAACCCACAACAACAUCUAAAGAACUGCAGGCCUCACUUAUUUCGGUUUAGGUCCGCGUUCAUGACAAAAAGAGAAAGACUGGGUAAAAAUGUCAUUCAUUGAAGAGUUCCAGGUUGAAAACAACUGCAGACAAAAAAGAAUGCAAAGGCUCACAUUUGCCAAAAAACAUCUUGAUGAUUCCCAAGAUUUUUGGGACUUAUACCACAAAUGAGGUUUUUAGAAGACAUGCGUUCCCUUACAUCUGGUGAAAAACUAACAGCAUUUGAGAAAAUAACAUCAUACCAACAGUUAAACAUGGUUGUGUUGUCUGGAGCUAGUUAGCUGCUGCAGGACAUGGACACAUUGCCACCUAAUUGAUGAAACCAUAAAUUCCCCUGUCAAAUAGAAAAAUACUAAAAUAGAGUGUCUGCUCAUGAGAUUGUGAUAUUACGAUGAAGCACUUUGGUUUUGCUUAAAGAUUAAACAGCCAAGGGGAGACUGAGGGUUCAGGGUAGUUUAGUUCUGGAGAGAGAAUUUUCAGGGUAGCAUGAUGGAAACGCGCCUGUAGUGACACCACAUUUAUCACAUAUUCAUUAUUUUAUUAGCUUUCUUCAGCAGCUGUUAUAUAUAUCUGUUUAUGAUGUAACCAAUCGUUGUGCUAUACAUUCUAUGUAAGAUUCGGGCCCCUUUUCUGUUGCUCAAAUCUUAGAAUUGAUUUCUUUUUGCCUUGAGAUAAAAUAAACCUGUUCCACAUUGGGGCCAACAAAAAACCCUGGUAAACAAGAUUUUACAUAAGCAGUUUACUAGUUCUUUUAAAUAUCAAAACACUGAGGCUUUUAUUGAAUAGGGUGUUUACAUGCCUCUUAGAGAUGUAUUUUGCUUCAGAUGUGAUUUGACAGUUUUUAUGCUUCAUUUCAGCAAUAGAUCCAGUCAAAGAAAUUUGUUUUUAGAGGGUCUGAGUGACAAAAAAUAUAGACAAUGAUUCACUCAGUUUUAUUUGACUCUCCAAAGAGUUUAAUGAAUUAAUCUAAAUCUCAAUUUGAACAUUAUUAAUAAUUUGCCUUGGUUGGAAGAACAUUUGCCUUUUUGCAUUUUAUUACAAAUAAAACCAGAAGCAGUUAUCAGAGGUCAGGCAAGAGUCACUGUCAAUGUUCUGACUGAUUUAUGGUAACCUGACAGAAUCAGAGGUCGCCCAGACCUGUCCUUAUCGCCCCAAACCAAACUGUGGAAAAAAGUAAUUGCCUUUGUUAAAUCAUGCAUUAACAUUUUCUGCAAAGAUGAAUUCAAUUUCACCUCUCAUGUCCAAGACUGAUUACUGUCAGAUCUGUAGAAGCAAGAAAUCCCUUAAAAAGAACCUGCCUGACAACAUGAUGAAGGGAAUAGGAUCAGAUCAGAACAGAUAAGAAAAACAGUGACUGACAUCUAGCAGUCUGGAUAGGCUCGAGUCAUGAUUUACAAAUGGAGAAAACAUGGAACGGUGGUGAACUUUCCCAGGAGUUGCCAGCCCAAAUUACCAUCCAGGAGGUCAGAAAAGAACCCAGAAUAAACAAAUUAAGCUUGUGAUUAAACUGCGGUGGCAUGACCUCAUACAGGCAGUUCAGGCUUGAAACAACUCCCCCAAUAUUGCUAAAUUCAAACAAUUCAAACAAGAGACAGUUUUUUAAUGGUAGUUGUUGCCAACUAGGUUUAGGGGGUUAUUACUUUAUUACAUAGAGCAAGGGUGUUUGGACAGAUUUUAUUUGUUGUUAUAAAUAAAAUUAUCAUUUGAAAACAUGUUGUAUUUAUUCAGGUUAUCUUUGUCUGAUGAUAACAUUAGUUUGAUAAUCUGAAAUAUUUAGGUGAGUAAGGGUGCAAAUAUUUUUAACAGUACUGUAAGCUGCCAUUUCAUGGCAUCUAAAUUAAGAUGCAGCAUUCAUUAGCAAAAUUCACAUUUCUCUCACUUCAUGCAUCCAUGUUGUCAGAAUUUCCUCCUUUAGAGCAAGAAACGACAAAAGAGAAAUGCUUCAUUGAAGGAAAUAUUUGCCAGGUUUAAAUGUCUUUUUGUAUUUUUUAUGCAUAGUAUCUGUCCAUUAUCUGCUCCAAUGUUUUUCAAACCAGCUGACCCAUAAAAGUUAUGUAAAUACAGUGUAAUCAGUGAAGUUCUUGGUAACGUUUGUUGUGGUAUUUUAUUUAAGAGUAAUUAUUGUUGGACAUUUAUUGUGUUCAUGGAGCAGAAUCGUGCACACUCAUAUGUUGUUUUUGUUUUUUUUACUGGAAUCAUUUUCAGGGACAUAGUCACAUUAAUUAGUUUAAUGGAAAAAAAACAAAUCUCCAGACACAUUCACUGUAAAAUCUGUACAUUUUUUUUUAACCAUUUAGUCAAAUUAAUGAGUCAAUGCGCGAGAAAAAAACACCCAGAUUUUAUAAAAGCAGUUUUCAUCCCUUUGCUGAAUGUUACUAAGAAGCAAGUGAGAGUGUGAAGGCUCUUUCUGCUCUCAAUGCAAACUUCUUAAAUGCUGAAAGCAUUUACAGAGGUGGUAAAUCAAGCAUAGUGGGAAUGAGAUUGCCAAUUACCUUGAAGGCACGAAGAGCAGUGGAGUACGAAUUAAAAGAAAUCCCACCGAGACUCUGGGCGACCUUCUCCAGGAGAGAGCUGGCACUGUUUGUGCUUCUAUAUUUUAUAUGCUUUAUUUUUUUUUUGUUGACAUUUUAUUUCAUUAUAAACACAUUUCUGGUUUUGUCUCAUUUGUGCUAUAAUGGAUUUGACCUUAGCAGCUGUUUAGAUCUGUCAUGCUGCUGACAACCUCCUGAGUGCACUUUUUUUUCCCAUACAAUGCCUUUAAAAAGUAUUCAUACCGAUUGAACCUUUUCACAUUUUGUCACAUAACAACCACAAACUUUAAUGUAUGUGUGGGGCAUUUUAUGUGAGUCACCAACACAACUCGCUCACAGUUGCACAUAAAUGUGAAAAAACAAUUAUUUAAGUUUUCUAUAAUUUUUUGACAAAUAAAAAUCUGAAAGUGUAGCUUUCGUGUGUGUUCACCACCUGUACUCUGAUAUUCCUAAAUAAAACCCACUGCAACCAUUUUCCUUCAUAAAUCCCCUACAGUUUUAUAUUUCAAGCUCAGUCACAAUUAAGGAAGAGCUUUUUUAUUUUUGUGAACAUCAAUUUGCACAUGAUUGUGCUUUGAUCUAAACCAUUCUAUUACAGCUCUGAAUGCAUGUUUAGGAUUGUUGUCCUGCUGAAAGAUGAACCUCUGCCUAGUCUCAAAUAUUCUCCAGUCUAAAAGGUUUUCUUCCAGAAUUGUCCUGUAUUUACCUCCAUCCAUCCUCCCAUCAAAUCUGAUUAGCUUAUUUGUCCCUGCUGAAGAAAACAAUCCCAAAGCAUAAUGCUGUCACCACUGUGUUUCACCAUGUGGAUAGUGUGUUCAGGGUGAUGUGCUGUCAUUUUUUCAAGACACCGAACAUUUUGCGUAUUGGGAAAAAAGGUAUAUUUUUUGGGUUCCUCUAAUCAGAGGAAAUUAUUGAACAUGUUUGACUUGUGGUCAACUUUAAAUGGAUAUUUCUUUCUUACAACACUGGCUUUCUUCUAUAAAGGCAAGAUUUGGAAAGUGCACAGUUUUUCUGUCAGUAGAUUCUCUCAUUUGAGCUGUGGAUCUCUGCAGCUCCUUUGGUGGUAUUAUGGACUUUUUGGCUGGUUCUCUAAUUGCUCAGUCUGUCAGUCUAGGUGGAUAGCUAUAUACCUUGGUAGGUUUGUUGUUGUGCCAUACUCUACAUUUUAGAUGAUGCAUUAAACAGCGCUGUAUUAGAUGUUGAAGUCUUGGGAUAUUGUUUUAGAACCUAAUCCUGUACCUCCAUGUCUCCACUAGGUUAUCUCUGACCUGUGUGCUGUGUUCCUUGGUCUGUUUGUUGAUUGAUGUUCUCUAACAAACCUCUGAAGAAUUCACAGAGCAGCUUUAUUUAUACUGUAAUUAAAUUAUAGUACACUUCCAAAGGCAAUCAGUUGCACCAAAAUUUGUUUAGAAGCAUCAGAGUUAAAGGGGCAUGCCGCACUUUUCAGAUGUUUAUUGGUUAAAACAGUUGUUAAAAACCAUGCGUCACUUUCCUUUCAUUUUGUAAUAAAACACUUAUUUGUGUUUGUCUAUCACACAAAAUCCCAUUUAAAAUCUUUCAGACAUUGUAUCUUGACAAAAUGCAGAACAGCUCAAGGAGUAUGAAUACUUUAGCAAGGCGCUGUGUAUAGAAGCAGGGAAGCAGUGAUGUGCUGCAUGGAUUGUCGGGUGUGUGAACGAACAGAAACUGAAGCAUCUACCUCUCACUUUUCUCCCAGAGCCCAGUUAACAUCUGCACACUCGAGAAUCUUUUAAGCAGCUGAGAAUUUGUGUGGGCAGAGAGUCUUAGCAGAGGCUAAUGAGUUAAACAACUCAUGUGUGAUUUAAGCAUCCACUGACUUGUAGUCCAUCUAUCACUGUGAUUUUCAGUGGAUAUUAUAGUCUCCACUGGAUAGUACAAUGAACAGCCUGCAUCAGAUUUACAGUUUAAUUCAGACUGCUUCCAUUGUCUCCCAGUACCUACAUCCAAGUCUUUCUAUUCCAGUGUUACAGAUGAGAAGUUGUGUCCAGUGCAUCACAAACCUGUCACAUUGCUUAUCUACAGCAUGCACCCGCCACACACAUACUCACUUCUUCCUGUAUGUCACCGCCAUGUCAGGUUUAUAUCACUGCGCUUCUCCUUCUGCCUCUGGUGCUUUAGCUUCAUAAAUAAAGUGCAUCUAUUUGCUCACCGCUUCCUGGCUGCUGCUGUUGGAUUUAUGGAGCCUAUGAUGAGCACUGAGAGCUUGCAGAGAUGUGUGUGAAAAAAUACUUCACUCCUCAAGCUUACUGCUUACAGCACAUCUACACCAGUCAUCCCGUAUCUAAUGGUUAUUGUGCAAGGACUCAAGAGAUACCAUACACAGAGUUUAAUGUAGUUUAUCAUGCUUGAAGCACCCUGCACAAAUAUUGGCACCCCUGGUGAAGAGACAUCCAAUGUAUAAACUUAUCCAGCCUUGUCUGUCACAGUUCCAGUUGUUUCAAUAUUGUUCUGACUGUAGAUAUGGGUACGUUUAGGUGAGUAGCUGUUUUCUUGUAGCCGUUUUCUGAUUUAUAAAGAUCAUCAUUUGUCUGCCUUACCUGAAUGGCAUGUUUACUUGUGUUACCCAUUUUGACGAGUGGGGAAUAAAGGGCCUCUAUGUCAUGUCAUAUUUACAAACCCAGUCACAAUUGCUGGCAUCCCUGGUGCUAUAUGAAGGUUCAUUUAAUGUUUAGAAGAGGAAAAGGCUCACAGCAACACAGAUCAUUUAUAACAGUUACCAGAUAAUAUUUUGAUUAAAACAAGACCCACCUUGAGUGUUUGUUGCAGAAAAGCUUGAUCUUCUUCUUAUCUGUUAAGUUAAAAUAUCAGUAGAGUUCAGCGGACAUUUAUGUUUGUAAUUAAUGAAAAGAAAAUGCUUCCUUUUUCUGCUGGAAUGUCUUCUUAACUGCUGGUUGGCAUGUAGAUUGCCUCUGAUGAUUGUUAUGGAGACUUGGUGGUCUAGAGAUGUUACUCUUUGCAGUUCACCAACUGUCCUCCACAUGUUGGCUGUAACUUUAUGGGUCAUCGUCUAGUUUCGAGAGAGGAGGCUAAAAGAAAUACGCCUGUGCUUCAUAUCAUAUUUAUACCCCACUGAAGCAGGAAGUUGUGGGUUACUGUUUAAAAGUUCUUAGACACUCUGAUCAACUUCAGAAAUUAUGUAGAAUUUGCAAAAAUGCUUACUAGUUUUGUGUAUUUUGAAGGAAGAGUCCGGGAAAGAAAUUAAGCUACUGCAAUAAAAGAUGGAUUUAUUUAAAGUCUUUUUACACAAUGUACAAGGGUUGCCUAUAUUUGUAAAGGGUACUGUAUAUCCCACAAACAACCUCUUUGUCCAGAGAUAGAAAGCCAAACCACAAAACCUUUAUUUUGAAUACUUUUGCCCUGUGUUUACCUCUGAGUUCAUUAUGAUUAUGGUACUUUGUAAUCGCAGCUGUUGAUCCUGUUUUUGCUGCCAAGAUUGUAUCCCUUUGUGUAACAGUUGCCUUCUCUUGUCUGACAGCAGAGACGGGAAAGGCAAAGACACAACGAAUACAUUCACAGCACAAAAGUCACAAAUGAUAUAUAAAAUUUUUUCAGAGGGAACAACCAUCUUCACAACAACCCUGGUGCAAAUUUAACGUAACGUCUUACUUAUUUGCAUUUGCCAUUUUCUUCUUGUCUUUGUUUAUUUGCGCUAUAACAUGGUUAUUUAGACUGAACAAAUUCUCCAAGAAGCUGUUCCGCAGUGUUUUGUUCUGCGACAGUUGUUGAAACAUAUUGACCAAAACAUCUUGACAUGGCUUGUCUUUCAGAGAAAUAAAAACGGCGCUCUGUUUACUUUG